AUGAGAGCAACGGAAAAAGCCAAUGAUAGUUCACAAUAUGGCUUUAUCUUGGUGGGCUUUUCUGAUCAUCCUAAGUUGGAGCUGAUCCUCUUCAAGGUCAAUUUGACUCUGUAUUCUGUGACUGUAUUGGGCAAUACAACUAUCAUUCUGGUGUCCAUAUUGGACCCUCGACUUCAUACCCCUAUGUACUUCUUUUUGGCCAAUCUCUCCUUCCUGGACCUCUGUUUCAGUACUAGUUGCAUCCCACAGAUGUUGGUCAACCUUUGGGGCCCAGAUAAGACCAUUAGCUAUGCAGGUUGUGCUGUCCAGUUAUUCUCCUUUCUCUCUGUAGGUGGGAUUGAGUGCAUCCUCCUGGCUGUCAUGGCAUAUGAUCGAUAUGUUGCUGUCUGCAAACCAUUGCACUAUAUGGCUGUAAUGCAUCCCCAACUCUGCUUACAGUUGGUGGCUGUGGCCUGGGGUAGUGGAUUAGUCAAUGCAAUUGUUAUGUCCCCACUGACAAUGACCCUUUCACGAUGUGGCAAGCGACAUGUCAAUCACUUCCUCUGUGAGAUGCCUGCUCUGAUCAAGAUGGCAUGUGUAGAUGUUCGUGCAGUGGAGAUGCUAGCCUUUACCUUUGCCAUCCUCAUUGUUCUAUUGCCCCUCUUUCUCAUCCUUGUCUCCUAUGGCUACAUUGCUGCAGCAGUAAUGAGGAUUAAGUCAGCAGCUGGGCGGAGAAAGACCUUUAACACUUGCAGCUCCCACCUCACAGUAGUCUCCCUUUUCUAUGGGAGCAUCAUCUAUAUAUAUAUGCAGCCAGGGAACAGCUCCUCCCAGGACAAGGGCAAGUUCCUCACUCUUUUCUACAACUUGGUGACCCCUAUGUUGAAUCCUCUUAUCUACACUCUAAGGAAUAAGGAAGUGAAGGGAGCACUGAAGAAGGUUUUUGGUAGGCAGCAGGAAGCAAGACAGAGGUGAGAAUUUUGAAGCGAUUAAAUGGAAAAAAUAAUAAAAAUUAAUUAAUUCCCUUGGA